AUGGUGCUGUUACUCCCGCCACUUCCCUCUUGGCAGCACGAGAGGGGAACGGGACAGCAUGCAUAUUCAUCACCAACUGCUGACACAGUACUCAGUACGGAGCAUCAGCACCAGGAAAGAAAGUGCUCACAUUCCGGUACGGAAGGAUGGUUAAGCUUUGACCAGCAUGCUGCAUGGAAAAGCCGGUUGUCGAGUGCUGCAUUGCUGGGAAGCUGGAGUAUUGGCGCUGGGGCGAGCAGGUUGAAGAUGGUCGACAUGUCGGCACCGAGAUGUGGUUGGCUCGAACCGGCGAGACCCUUGUCAGCGGCUAGGAGAAUGGGCAACGGUUUGGCCCAUCAAGAACAUGAUGUUGCACUUUGCUGGUGGUCUUGGUUGGCAGAUCAGCGCCGUGAUUGGCCAGAACACAUCCAGCACUUGGCCAAAGGAAGUGGCCGUGGUGCAUGUCACAGGGGAGCCAAUGUGCAUCUUCACAAUGCCCAGCCAAUCAGGUGGCUGGGUGCCGUGACGAGUUGGGGUGGUGCCAGCCACUGUGCAGAACCUUGCAGGCUCUGGGCGGCAAUGCUCGCGUCGGGAUUCGCUGGAGGUGGAACAAGAUGGGACUCUGAGGAGCCACGACAGUUGAUUGCGACAGCCUCGACACUUGAUGUGAUCCCGUUGAGUUUGGCCUUAUAUCAUCAUCAUUGGUUGUCGGAAUCUCGGCUCAAAUCGUUCCAAAUCUGUGAAGAUUUCUUACUUGGAAAUCGACCCGUGUCACGCUCACUCGCCAUCGACCUGUUUCACUUCUUUCAAUAUUAUGCCAAGUCUGUACAUUCUGCAGCUUCCUGUAACGAUUUCCCGGCUCACAGCAUAUUCGCCCCUCACCAGGCGUAA